AUGGUAGAUUAUUUACCAACACUAAUUUUUCUAACAAUUCUUUUUUCUGUUCCUCUACAAUUUUAUUUGUCUCCAAAAUCGUCUUCUGACGCCCAAUAUUAUUUACACAAAUUUGUGGACGAAAUUCAUCAAAUUUACUCAAAAAUUAUUGGAAAAUUUUUUAAUCUUUCAAACAAAAAAGUUGGAGAAAUGUUUGAGGAAAGUGAACAAAUUGGGGACGAAAAAGAAAUUAUUGGUGAAGAAACUAUUAGUAAAGAGGAAAUGAGUGGACUGUUUGGAGGUUCUGACGAGCCUAGACAUCCACGUCCCCCACAUAUAAAAUACAAAGUUGGCCAAGUUGUUAAACACAAAUUACACAAUUAUAGAGGAGUUAUUGUUGGGUGGGAUGAAAAAGUAAAAGCUCCCGAUUGGUGGAUAAAAAGAGUCCACGGAACAGAAGAAAUUGAUGAACCCAAUUAUACAAUAAUUAUUGAUACGAGAGAUCGUUUAGUUCCACAAAUUGCCUAUGUUUUGGAGAGGAAUAUUUUGUUGGCUGAGGGAGGUAUAGUCCACCCUUUAAUUAAUCAUUAUUUUGAAUCAUUUGAUGGGAAAUGUUACAAAUCGAGACCUUGGCAUAAAAAUGUUUAUCCAAAUGAUUAA